CUCGUGGAACGCUACCCUCAAAUUCUACGUACAGGUUGGGCAGCCCACCAUGUUUGCCAAAACCCUCGCGAUCUUCGCCCUCGCUCUGCUCUUCAGCUGCGUAGACGGAGCUCCAACGAUCGACACCGCUCUCGGCUCGAAACACAAUCUAUAUCUUGUCACCUGUCAACGGAAACACGCAAUCGACUGCACACAGCUCAUCUUGUGCAGCCUAGAUGACAGACCGGCGACAAAGCACACAGCGGUAGCAUACUACCCGAAUGGACCGAUAAUCGACACGAAUUCAGCUCCAAGUGAGGUCGCAAUUGUCAGCGAUCCUACCGUACCAUGGGAAGGAACACAGCACACAGCAAUAUUAGGAAAGGCUAGUUCAUUUACGUCAAACAUCACUGCAGGAGCCGACGCGCUGAAGAAAGGCGAGGUUGCAGGCAAUGCGAAGAUGGACAGCGAGGAGUUUGUGUGUUUCAGUGAUGGGCAGUCGAGGUUUACGAUUCGGCAUCGGAUUGGACGUGGCCGGGAAGAGGUCUUGUGCAUAGCAGAUUACUGGUGCCCUUCAAUCCAGGUGUGA